UCGCUGCAGUACAAUUGCCCAUAUGGACCUCAAAGAAAAGAUGUGGAAAACCCCAAAAGAUAUUGUCGAGCAUCUAUAUAUGUUAAGGAGAUCAGAUAUUUCCCCCAGCAUGGUGUGGCAGAGACCAGGGAAUCCAGUGGAGGAACACUUACAACCAAAGAGCUGAAGGCAGCUGUAAUUGAGGAACUACAGAAAGACAAUAGUGCAGUGUUGGAUCCUGAGAGUGUCUUCUAUUUGGCAUUUCCAAAGCUCCAUAACAACCAUUCCCCAGGAGAUGAGUCUACACCCCACCAGAGCCAAAUUGGUGAAGAAUGCAGUGUUCAAGCCAGCAACCUGCAGUUUGCUUCAUUUGAGGACAUGGAGAAAAGGUUAGAGAAGUGUGGAAACUGUUGUGAUCAGUACCAUUGCCCUUACUGUCCUGACGUCAAUUUUGUGCCAAGACCCAG